AUGUUUACCACAACGUUAAAGUUAUCACCAAAUAUAAAAUAUUUUCAACAUUCUCUUUGGCAGAUUUUUUUCAAUAAAAAUCAUUUGUCAUUCUGUUGUCAAAAUACUAGUUUCAUCAGUGCUUUAAGUACUAAUAGUCAAAUUCGAUACAAAUCUUAUAAACGUUUUUUAGACUAUUCCAAGGUACCUAAGCUUGAAGAACAUGACUUGAAAGAACAAUUUGUAAGAGGAAGCGGACCUGGUGGUCAAGCAACUAACAAAACAUGUAAUGCUGUAGUUUUAAAACAUAUACCCACAGGAUUAACUGUGAAAUGCCAUGAGACUAGAAGUUGUUCAGAAAAUAGAAAAAUUGCUAGAGAACUAUUAUUAACAAAAUUGGAUAAUCUGAUUAACAAGGAGGAAUCUCUUGAAAGUCAAGAACAGAAAUUACAAAAAAGAGAUUCUCUGAAGAGGAGACAAAAACAGAAGAAACUCGCUAGUUUAAAGGAAGAGUUUGAAAAACGUGAAAACAUCAAGUAACAUUAUUAAAAUAACAUAUUAAAAAAAAAAAAACUUUUACUUCAAGUAUCACAUAAUAUAUAUUUUCAAAUAAUAUUUAAAUUAAAUGUGGUAUUAUUUAGCACCAUCUUUGUGAAACAUGGGUCGGGAGUGUGUACAAUACCUUCUUCAUUUUUUUUAAUGGAAAAUUCAUAUCUUUAAUAGUCAUCUCUUUUUUGAAAUCAUAAAAGGCUUACAUACAUUAUUUUUCUUUGAAAUAAAGUAUUUAGUAGGUGUACUCCCUGCGAGGGAAUUCAAUACAUAAUGUUACAUUCAAUGAUGUAUUUUGUAACAGAGAAAAUAAUCGUUAUGCUACAAUAAAGCUUUUUCAUACAG